GAGCCUCUGGAGGGUGCAGCGGGGUGUAGGCAAGGGCAGGGGGAGUGGGCGAAGCCGCUGGUUGGUGCCUGAAAUCUGUGCGUUGCCCCUUUAAUUGUGUCCCCAGCCCUCGGGCGUUUCUGUCCAACGCCCACGUCAGCAAAUACCUUUUGUUUCUCUCACGUUGGGGCUACUUGUUUUAGGGCGCAAAGGAGCGGCUUCGAAAGUGGGUAUUUCCCCUGCCGAGGUCCAGGAAUCCUCCCCGAGCCCGCGCGCGCGACCCGCCGGUGCGCCGCGGCCCGCGGACAACCCUUCAUAUACAGAGUGUGUUUGACUUGGAAUCUUCCCUUUUUUACUCCACUCAAUUGACUUAGCAGGGUUUCAAGAGCAGCGUUCGUAAAUUUUCAGAAUGGAGAUCUCCUCUCACCAGUCCCACCUCCUGCAACAACUGAAUGAGCAGCGCAGACAAGACGUCUUCUGUGACUGCAGCAUUCUGGUGGAAGGGAAGGUCUUCAAAGCGCAUCGAAAUGUAUUAUUUGCUAGCAGUGGUUACUUCAAAAUGCUCCUUUCUCAGAAUUCGAAGGAGACGAGUCAGCCGACCACAGCUACAUUUCAGGCCUUCUCCCCUGACACUUUUACGGUCAUCCUGGACUUUGUCUAUUCUGGCAAACUCUCUCUCACGGGUCAGAACGUCAUAGAAGUGAUGUCAGCCGCCAGCUUCCUUCAGAUGACUGAUGUCAUUAGCGUAUGUAAGACCUUUAUUAAAUCUUCGCUAGACAUCAGUGAGAAAGAAAAAGAUCGCUAUUUCAGUCUCUCCGAUAAAGAUGCCAAUUCUAACGGUAUAGAACGUUCCUCCUUUUAUAGCGGCGGCUGGCAAGAAGAAAGUGGUUCUCCGCACUCUCACCUGAGCGCAGAUCAAGGAACAGGUGUCAUAAGUGGGAAAUCUUGGAGUAAGUAUAAUUACCAUCCAACCUCCCAAAGGAAUACUCAACAGCCUUUGGCCAAGCAUGAACAAAGGAAAGACUCCAUUAAAAAGUCCAAACAUUUGAGGUUGUCACAGCCUUCUGAAGUCGCUCAUUUUAAGUCCAGCAAACGAGAAGCACGAACCUCAGAUUCUUCUGGCCACAUUUCCCAAUCUGAAGAACACGCACAGAUUGAUGCUCACAUGGACUCCACGCCCGUUGGCUAUCCGUAUGGUCCAGGAUCUGAUGUCACAUCCAGAAGCUUUCCAGAUGAUCUGCCCAGGAUGCGGUUCAAGUGUCCCUACUGUACCCACGUGGUGAAGCGGAAGGCAGACCUCAAGCGCCAUCUUCGCUGCCAUACAGGGGAAAGACCCUACCCGUGUCAAGCCUGUGGGAAGAGAUUUAGCAGGCUGGACCACCUCAGUAGCCAUUUCCGCACAAUUCACCAGGCAUGCAAAUUAAUCUGCAGGAAAUGCAAACGCCACGUGACUGAUCUAACAGGGCAAGUGGUCCAGGAAGGAACCAGGCGCUACAGACUCUGUAAUGAGUGCCUCGCUGAAGUGGGAAUAGACAGCCUCCCCAUUGAUCUGGACGCCGAACAGCAUCUUAUGUCCCCAUCAGAUGGAGAUAAAGAUUCCAGAUGGCACUUGAGUGAAGACGAGAACAGAUCGUACGUGGAAAUCGUAGAGGAUGGGUCUGCUGAUCUGGUCAUACAACAGGUUGACGAUAGUGAAGAAGAAGAAGAGAAGGAAAUAAAGCCCAACAUUAGGUAGCUAACAUGUGAACCAACAGCGCUGUCAUGUCUGCAACUUACGCUGACUUCCUGUAUCUCUCUCUUUCCGUGGUCAGAGUCUGGCUCACAAAGGCAUCAGACUGACAUUAAGGUGAUGGCCUAAUAGAACUUGCAUGCUUUCCGAACAGGUCAUGGUACCCAUUCUGAACUUUGUUGCCCUAAAAUGUGUUGCUGCACUGGAAAGAAAGACCUAGCUUGAGUUGGCAUGAUGGACGAACAAUUAAUCCUCUUCCUUUUAUUACAGAGAUACAUUUUUUCUUUUAAUGUUGAAAGAUCUACUUAGCAAACUUUUCUCAAAGAAAAUAUUUUAAAUAAAUUUACCACAACCAAACUUUAUGUAAGAUAAUUUCAAGGUGUUUCAAAAACACAAACUACCAAUAUUGAAUCACAGGGAACCAAGGAAGAGCACAUUUAAGGGUCUGGCACCCUUACCUGACUGAAUUAUAAGUCUUUCUGUUAAUUUCAGAUCUAAUUUAAUUUCAGAUCUAAAACAACCUUUCAGUAUCCCAAUAUCCUAGAUAUUGUUUUAGGAUUAUGGCAGAUGACAAAUCUAAAAUGUGUGAAACCGUUCAUAGUUGAAUUUUUUGUCAUUAAGGUAAAGAUGACUCUUGUGUAGUCAGUAUUGUUUAAAAAACAAAAACCUAAAAUAGAGGAAGACCAGAGAUAACAUACAGACAUCAUCUUCUAAAGCAGGAAACAAAUACUGCCUAAAAGUUAAGGUAGUUUGUGAAGAUCUGUCAGUAUAAUUCUCUUCCUCUCUAAAGGAAAACGAGCAAACAAACAAAAAAACAAAAAAUGAUGAACAAGAAAAUUAGAGGUUACGAGUUCUUAAGAGUAAUUUCUAACAUUUAUUGUUCUGCUAUAUUAUUUCUAAAGUGCUCUCUCACACAUUUUCUCACUUAAUCAGCAAGGGAGAUAUUACUGUCUCAAAUUUACAAGUGAGGAGGUUAAUCAGAAAGUUGAAGUGGUGGGACUGGUGAUGGACAGGUCUUGAUUUUAAACAGCCUUCUUUCAACUGUCCCCAUAUUGUCUCCUAAAAUGGUGAAAACUUGAAGUCAAACCUCACCAAUCUCAGUAAUCAGAAAAAAAGCCUAUUAAAAUUAGAAAGUACGAAAGAACUUAAUAAGCUUCAACAACACAUAAUAACUUGGACAAGAGUUAUCCAAGAGUGCUCAGUGAUGUCCCUCCAGUGUCUACUGACAUGUUUUUAAUGUCAAGUUAUUUAUAUGUAAAUGUUAUAUAUAACACUCUUUGAACAAGUUAUUUCUUACGUGCUUUAAGCAUUUUUCUUAUCUUGUUUAUAUCAUUUUUCAAAACAAACUUUUCUCCUAGGACAUAAAGUUGUGUUUAAACCCCACCCCUGUAAGGGGUGCCUGGCUGCAACUGUUAUCUUGGGAGUUGUUAAGUUUGAACCCAACUUGGGUAUAGAGAUUACAAAAAAAACAAAAAACAAA